ACUUUCAGUUCGGAGUGAGGAAGGGGAAAGAGAGGGGGCCCGGGGGAGCUGCGCUGGCCCGGCCGGGUGCAAGGAGGCGGUGGGUGCCCUCCAGCCGCGGGGGCAGCGCGGGGCUCGGUCUGGGCGCGAGAAGCGGGUAGACAGUGCAGCAGGCGGGGAAGGGUCGCUGGGGGGCGUGGGGAGCGGAUGCAAAGAGAGAAGUUGGUGCAGCUCGCCAGGUUGUGGCUUGGGGGCAGGAAGGGGGCGAUGCCCAUGCUGCCUUCAGCCCCGCUAGGCCCUGCCUUCCCCCUUGCAGUGGGAGGUGCCAACAGGUGCCCACAUGCCCAAGGGGACCAUACCCGUUAGCGGAGUCCUUGCCCUCUGGCAGAUGGAUUGGCUGCGUGGCCAGGCUUUGCAAGUUACUGCAAUGGGGGGUCUGGAGCCAGCAGCUCCCCAUGGCCCCAGCCAGCAAGCACUGAGCCAAUCUGGGCUGGGAGUCGCCUCCCCAAGGAGCUGGGACCCGCUGACUAGUGUCCUCUGCACGCCUGAUGUGGGCCUAAGAUGCAGCCUGGGGCUGGCCCAGGGAAGGGGUUAGGAUUGGGGUCCAGGCUUCAUACAACUUGGGCGCUUUGCUAGCCAAGUGCCGUUAAACUCAACUGUUACCACGGGAAGGUUUUUCCUUCCCUUGGCGAUUUCUUGUGUUGACCUAGAAGCAUUUCUACAGGGGCCUGGGGACGUUAACGUAAACUCUUCCAUGCAAGAGGCCAAAGAAAUAUUAAGGACUGGAAAGUAACAGCAGGUGUAUCCGGGGAAGGCGAAAAAACCGUCACCAACCCCUCUGUGGAGGGCUCUGUAAGCAGCAGAAGCACCGCUAAGUGCCUGAAGGAACAUAACGAUGGAAGAUAUCCCACCAGGAGAUCUGGACAAGGCUGCUGGUGGGGAUGAGAACAGCUCAGCGACAGUGCAUCUACAUUUGUAUCCAGGCACUCAGGAUGAUUCCAAUCCAGAUCUUGACCAAGGCCUUGCUGCACAAACUGGUGUUUCCCUGAAGCACUCGACCACCCUGACAAACAAACAGAGAGGCAACGAGGUCUCUGCCCUCCCAGCAACCCUUGACAGUACGUCGCUGAAGCACUCGACCACCCUGACAAACAGACAGAGAGGCAACGAGAUCUCUGCCCUCCCAGCAACCCUCGACACUUUGUCCAUCCACCAGUUGGCGGCUCAGGGUGAACUCAGUCAGCUGAAGGAGUAUCUCCGAAAAGGGGAGAACUUGGUGAACAAGCCUGAUGAGAGAGGCUUCACUCCUCUGAUCUGGGCCUCUGCCUUCGGGGAGAUUGAAACAGUCCGUCAUCUGCUAGACCGGGGCGCUGACCCCCAUGUACUGGCAAAGGAGCGGGAGAGCGCUUUGUCACUGGCCAGCACUGGAGGAUACACUGACAUCGUGAUCAUGCUGCUGGAAAGAGACGUAGAUAUCAAUAUAUAUGACUGGAACGGAGGCACCCCAUUGCUGUAUGCUGUGCGUGGCAACCACGUGAAGUGUGUCGAGGCUUUACUAGCUCGCGGUGCUGAUCUGACAACGGAAGCGGACUCUGGCUACACCCCCAUGGAUCUGGCUGUGGCGUUGGGACACAAGAAAGUUCAACAGGUUAUUGAGAACCACAUCCUCAAGCUGUUUCAGACCAAGAAACUGGAGUGACGCUGGCUCGCGCUCCCUGGCUGAAGGAACCAGGGCUUUGCUGUCUCGGUCAGCUCUCCGGAUGCUGCAUGGGAACAAGGUGGCCAGACGCGCUGUCUCUUUCCAAGGGCUGACGCUCCUGCAGCAGAUCUGGCCGAGCCGGUGUGGAGGGAGCUUUAGAAGCCGGGCUGGGAGGAAAUCCCUGAUGGAGGAACUAUUCACUCUCCAGGCAGGGGGUAAAGGAGAAGCAUCCCACACACAGUGAGACACUGAAUUGUCCGGGUAGCUGCAUUUCUGCUGCAAACAAGACUGCAAGCCGCCUCCCUCUGCCCCCUCUGUGUGUGUAGUAAAUAUUGCCUAAGGA